AUGGCAGCCGUCUCAGGGGAUCAAAGAGGCUCAAGACAACGACGCCAGCGACAGCACAAGGCACCAUGUAAGAGGAGCCAGAAGCUGGGGGACAAAAUCACGGCGCUUCAGCAGCUUGUCUCCCCGUAUGGCAAGACCGAUACGGCAUCAGUGCUCCACGAGGCAGCUACCUGCAUCAAGCAUCUCCACGAGCAGAUCCAGAUUCUGACCGCCUCCUACCCUGAAUUUAGUUCUUCGGCGUCACAGCAGGACACGGGCGAGGAAGAUGGCGGCGCGACGCGCGAGGCCUUCACGGAGGAUCGCUGGCGCUGCCUCGGCACUCUGUAG